GCAAUGGAAACUUUCGGCUGUUGGGAAAAGGCAAAUACACUGGAAAGGGAAUGUGCGUUUCAGUAUAUGUUCGGAUUAGAGAUCAGUGUUAUUACUGUGGCCAAUAUGCACCAGUUUUGUUUUGCAAAUAAAGUAGUUCGGACCAGGGUUCCACACGCACUGCACCAGACCUACCAGAGAAACUAUACUGUUUAUACAGUGCAUAUAUGAUCAGAUCUUUUCUAGAGCAGCUCUGUGCGAUACAUGAUUACUGCCGUUUCUACAUCUUGUCUCCUGACUGAGGGCACACAACGUGACAUGGGCGAGCACGUUGUCCGUCUAUUAAAACCUGUGCAAACAACGUCAAUUCUCCAUUUCAGACUUCAAUUUAUCUGUCAUAGGCGCAAGUGCAAUGAAAUGCCUAUUUGCAUAAAUGCUCCAAUACAAAGACGUUGAGGAAACACCGACAUAAACAGCAGCAGGAACAACAGCAAAGUUAAAUAACACCCGACCUAAAAAAAAGUGAGAAACCAGAAUGAUUGUUAUCUUCAGCAAUACACCCAACUUACAUAAAACGCAGCGCAAACAAUGUGCAAGAAAACAUCAGUGUGAGACCGUGGAUAAGACAAUAACGUUUAAAACUUCCUGUGUGGUGGUACUUUCGUUUCACACUGUGCCAUUCCUCACUUUAGGAAGUUACCUUAUGAAUGUAAGUUGAUAAUUAUGGGAAUAGGCAGGGGGUUUCUAUUAAGGUUAAAUUAAGGAACUGGUGGAUUUAUUGUUUGGACGGACAAAUAUUUUCUGGGUGUUACAUAAUGUUAACGAAAUUGAGAUGUCUGUAGUCAGGAAGUGCCGUAUGUUUUCUGCUCUCUUGUUCUGAAUAUUUACUUUUUGCGUCAGGUGCUGAAAAAGAAACUUGUAUAUGCGCACUUGAUACAUAACAUAAGUCACGUAGCAGCCGGAGAAGGAAUAGCAGACAACUGAGGUAGAAUUCAAUGACGACUUCUUAUGGAAGAAGCAGUCGUUGAAUCUGGAAGUACGCGCCUUUACCAAAGAGAAAAGUGAGAAACCAGAAUGACUGUUAUCUUCAGCAAUACACCCAACUUACAUAAAACGCAGCGCAAACAAUGUGCAAGAAAACAUCAGUGUGAGACCGUGGUAGAGGUAGAAGUCAGAAAUACAACACAAUACAAUACAGGAGGUGCAUAAAUCCUGACAAAAUGUCAUAUUCUCAGGGAGGAACAGUAGGAUACAGUUCACUUUGCGUGAGAAGCCGUCACGUACUGUAGUCAGUAGUAUUCAUGGAACCUGCAAUUAACGCGUUUACUUUUUUUGUAUUAGAUUAUGGGAUUAUUUGCUAAAAAUGGUGUAUCCAUGGAGUUUCCACGUGAUUUCCUAUAAUGUUUACAACCUGAUAUCGGUUUCACAGAAAUCGGAAGUAGCCUAGGCUAGCUUUUAUAACUCGGUCUUAGUCACAGUAUCGUUUCAAAACAAACUCACCUGUCCCUCCCUAAGACGAAACCCUGGAGGCACAGCGGCGCUGUACUUAAACAGUGCGAAGAAACCUCACCAGCUGCACUUAGCGCCUGUUAUCCUGGGACCUGAUCGAGAAAAUACUUUUUUUUUUAGAUCUACGCACAUUUAAAGGAUUUUUUUUUCCAUUCUGUUUUUGACCCACAUAAAGUAUUAAUAACGACUGCACAAUAUACAAUGAACUCUGCACCAAACACAAGGGGAAACGCUACCCAGAGUCAGUCUGAGUACACCCUUGUGUUUUUCGAUUUGGAGACCACAGGACUGGAUGUUGCUGCGUGCGACAUCGUCCAGCUGUCUGCUAUCAGUGGAGAAGAGACCUUCAAUCUUCACAUGGUUCCUCGCUGUAGGAUGACAGACGAGGCCUCCAGGAUCACUGGGUUCACUGUCCAGGGCCAGGCCUUGCUUCUGCAUGGGGGCCCUGUGAAGACAGUGACCCACGGAGAGGCUUUAUCCUCCUUCAUUGACUUUCUUCGCUCUUUCCACCAGCCCCUGCUCGUAGCCCACAAUGCCAAGAGAUUCGAUUGCCCUGUGCUGUCUAGGGCUCUUGAUGAGUUCUCCCUCAAGGAUGAAUUCCAACAGGUUGUUGCUGGUUUUCUGGACACUUUCCUCCUGAGCAAAGAACUUUUAGCCGCCACUAAAGUCAAUAAGUACUCCCAGCAGUAUCUGGUCAAGCUUUUCCUCCACAAGACCUAUAUGGCGCACAAUGCCUUAGAGGAUGUCAGAGCUCUGCAGGAGCUUUAUAAUAAGUGGAAUCCAGCCCCAGCUAUGGUCCGCAAGCAGCGCUUCUCUCUAGAGUCUAGACAGUGCUGAGAUUUUAUUGCUUCAGUCUUUUUCAAAACGGCAGACUUCUUGUUAAAAAGAUACACGGUCCGUUUGGUAUCUUUUAAAGGAAAACAUUUGAAAAGUGAAUGGCAGUAUUCUAUUUUUUACAUGACGUAACAAGCACAUUUAUUUUCAAAUAUGAAUUUGAUUAGUGUUGCAUUACUAUGAAAUAGCUGAAACAAUUAUUUUUCUCAUCAGUCGUGACUGAAGAUAAUCCUUCCCGUUAUUGCAUGUUGAGAACCUUUUGUGUACUUAGUCCUCUCUCAAGGACUCUGGAAUUUGUUUAAUUUAGGACUUUGGAACAAUAAUGUGUUCUAAAAUUAUUUGUAAUUUAGUAUGAUUUUCUUUAAAUGCUUUCUUUCAUCAAUUGAAUUAAAAAGUUACAUGAAAAAUGUUAAACGGUAUGAUUUCAGAAUAACAGAUCUUUCACAAAUCAACAAAAUGAAUCUUAAAAAUAUUUGCACUUUAAAAUGAUAUCUGGAAUCAGUCAUGGAUAUUAUUUGAUCUUCAACACAUUGUAAAUUUAAACUGGAUUAUAAAUUUAGCUUGAGUUUUUUUUUGUCAUUGCAUCAAAAUGUAAA